GCAGAGAUGAGAGUCCAACGCAACUUGAUAUUCAUUACCUGUAUAACUGUGGCCUCUCUCAAGACUGGAGUAUUAGCUACAAAUUCAGACAUUGAAGACUGUAAUACACCAAUUCAUCUUCAGAAUACUGAUUGCUGCACAUCAAAAAAGGAUGAAUUAUUUACAAAUUUUCUGUUUGAUCAGGAAUGUACUGGAAUGUUAUUUCGAUCUGAAGUUUCAUCAUAUGAAAAAUUAGAGGAUUCACUGGAAUGUUUCUUUCAAUGCUUAUUUACAAAAGUUGAUAUGGUGAAUGAAAGAAACAAGGUUAUUUUUGAAGAUAUUCUAGCAAAUAUUACAAAAGAAUUAAAACCAGAUUUUAAAGAUUUGUCAAUCAAUAGGAUAACACAAUGUAUUGAAAAUGAUUAUAUCAUAAAGGAAUCAUCUAGAUGCAAAAGUGGAGCACUGCAACUUUUCCUUUGUGUUCAUCGAGAAAAAAUAUUGAAUUGCCCUGAGGAACUUUGGAAAAACAGUGAUGAAUGCAAUAAAUACAAAUCAGUUUUGGAAAAAUGCCCAAAUAAGACACCCUUAUUUCAAUUACUUCAAUUUGACAAGUCAUUUUGAUAAUGCAACAAGCAAAAAUAAAUAAAACCGAUAGAAAUGUUUCUAUUGUUGUACUAAAAAAUAAAUAAUUUAUUUUUUCUACUUAUUUAUAACAUUACAGGAAAAAAUUUAUUACAUAUCAAUAUACAGAAAAUUAAAUGAUUUAUGGCACUUCAUUAUUGUAUAAUAAAUCUUUCAGCAUAAUACACCAUAAAUUUAUUUGUUAAGUUAUAAAUUUUCAAUAUAUUACAAUUUCUAUUAAAACUGCUCUGUAUAUAUACAAUUUACUUCAGAAAAUGUUAUGUUAUUAUGUAUUAUAG